CGGAGCGGAGCCGGCGCUCGCCGCCGGGAUGGACAACAACGUGGUCCUCGUCAGCGAUUCGGACUCGGAGGGCGCCCGCACGCCGCCGCUCCAGCCCUGCCGCUCCCGCCACUCGCUGCCCGCCCCCGCCGAGAUCAUUGACCUGACCUGUGAGGAUGCAAACACAGACCCGACACCGUCGAGCAGCCUUGCCUUCAUCGACCUGACUGAGGACAUGUGCAGCCUUUUCCACUCCACCCUUGGUGCUGCUCAGAACUCCAGAAACGCUGCCCCAGCAGCACACACGUCCCACCCCCAACUCUGCCCCGCUGCAGAAAAAGAAAUGCAUGCAGUGCCAGAGCAGAGCCCUGCACAGGCAUCACACAACACUUCUGUGAAGCUCAGUUCCACCAUGGUCACAGCAGAAGCCAUGGAGAACUGCAGCUGCCUUUCUCCUGUCUCUAGGUGCCACAGCUGGAGCCCAGAGCAGGAUUACAGCACUACUGCCUUGAACAGCAGCUUGGACUCGCAGUCAGACUCAGACUGCCUGUCCCCAUCUCCCCCCAGCCUGGACAGCAACAGCAGCAUGAGAGCUGAUGGCCCAGAGGAAGAUCCUCCCCAGCCCUACCAGGAAAGGAACCUCCCCCCAAGGUUGAGCCCUGCCCCAACCAUUCCUAUAACACCAGGAAAGACCCAAAGGCCUUUGCCAGAAGCAAGUGACUUCCCACCACACCAGCCAAUCCAGCAAGCCACCCCAGCCAGGACUGACACUGACAGCAAGGCCUUGCUGGACAAACUGCACAACUUCAGCAGGAGUGGAGUCCAACACCUCUUCCUCCAAGGCAUAGCACCCAACAGGGAAUCACAAAAGCAGAAACCUGGGCUCAUCCCCAGCGGGAAGCUGAGCAUGGUGCACACCACCAUGGAGGAGAACAGCCUGGAGGGCACCUUGUAUUUCCUGAACGAGUUUGUCUCCUGCCAGCACCGUCCCCCCAAAGAAAUAGUCUGCCACCUGAUCAAACAGAUGCUGUUGGACACCCAUGAAGGGGAGAUCCUGAAUGACAUCUACACGCUGCUGAUGAAGAUCCAAAUGCUCCAUCCAGCCAACAUCGCCACGGUGGGAUGGGACUGGACUCUGGUGAAAUUCAUCAUGGAGCAGCAGGAGAAGCCCCCUGGUUGGCUCCUCUUCCUGCAGUACGUGGUACAGACCCUGGAGGAUGACUUCCAGCACAAUCUGAAGUCAUACCAGCUGCAGAAGUCAAUUGCCAAGAAAGUCCUUUCAUGUGACUUGUGCUUCAACAAUGUCAAGGAAGUGGUCAAUUGGUUGGUGGCAGCAGUUACAGGAGUUGGGUUGUCCCAGCCCCAGGAAGAGCUGCAAGAAGCCAGGGCUGAACACAGCUCAUCUUCACCAAGGCUGGCCAGCACUCAGACAGCUCAGAGAGACCAGGCCCAGACAGCUUUCUUUGCCCAAAAGACGAUGCUCCUGCUCCAGCAGAUGUUGGCCAUGGCAGUGGAAGUGGACAGAUCUCCCACCUGCAGCUCUCGUAAGAUUGCAGACGACAUUUUCCCGUUCAUACUGAAUAUCCCCCUGAGGAGCCAAAGGGAAGCUUUAUUAAACACCAUGGAGAGCCAGCUGCUGCGCUGCAGACUGCUAGAGCUGUUAUUCCAGCACAGUUGUGACGUGCCCACAUCCUCGUCCAUGUCUCUGGACAAGGUUCUGUAUUUCCUGAGCCACUCCUCUGUGCUGCCACAAUUCCAGGAUGAAACAGCAACAUGGCAAAGAUGGGAUGAGAUGCUGCAGUACUUGAGUUUGCUGCUGCUGAGUUAUCAUGGUGUAAAAGUGGAGCACCUGCGAACCUCUGUCAGUGACCGGAUGAAACUGAUUGCUCAGAAAGCCAAGCCCAGGCUCCAGGACAGUGAUGACAUCAGCCAGCUGGACAUUCAGCUGAAGAUGAAUGACUUCAUCAGCAGAAUGCAGAAGACCCUGGGGGAGCCUUUUCCCCCACAAAUCCAGGAGAAAUUGUUCAUGCUGCAGGAGUUGUUCUUCAUUGUCACUGCUGCCUGAUGGAGACAACCACUGCAGCAAGGGGGCCAAAACUUUGUGUUCUUACUAUAACCCCCCCCCCCCAAUCUCAUACUGCAAUCUCAGCAUCAUGGGGUUGGUUUAUACAGUCCUGUUGAAAGAUGUUUGGUUUACAUUGUUUCAGAAUUUCAAGUUUGCCUUGUGCAGUUUUGCAAAGCACUUUGUACACUUGAAAAAAUGAGUUUUUUUCAUGUUUGCUAAGACACUUUUGUCUUGAUACCAGCACUGCCCAAAGGAAGUCUUUUCCCCCACAAAUCCAGGACAAAUUGUUCAUGCUGCACGAGUUGUUCUUCACUGUCCCUGCUGCUUGAUGGAGACAAGCACUAACAGCAAGGGGGACAAAACUUCAUGUUCUCAAUAUAAACCUUCCCAUCUCACACUGCAAUCUUAGCAUCAUGGGCCUUGGUUUAUACAGUUCUUUUGAAAGAUGUUUGGUUUACAUUGUUUCAGAAUUUCCGUUCAAGUUUACCUCAUGCAAAUUUAAAAGCACUUUGUACACUUUAAAAAAUAAAUUUUUUUCAUGUUUGCUGA